GCACUUGAAAAUGCUCCUAAAAUGGGGACACGAUUACGUGAAAAUGAUGCUAAGGAGACACGAUUACGUGAAAGAAUGGUGCAAUAUAUCGAAUCACUCCAGGAGCGUAUUGUGAAAGAAAUUGAAUCUAUUGAUGAUAAAAAGUUUUUGAUUGAUCGUUGGGAACGCGAACAAGGUGGUUAUGGUAUUUCUUGUAUCCUACAGGAUGGCAAAGUUUUUGAAAAAGCUGGC